ACAGGUAUCCGACAGGUGAAAGUUGCUCUCACCCUCUCUGUGUUCAAACCAUCUUUACCAGCUCAGGUGAAAGUUGCUCUUGCCCUCUCUGUGUUCAAACCAUCUGUACCAGCUCAGAACUACACGAUGUCCGUUAAAAGACAAGAAUCUGGGUAUGUGGACAACUGGCAGGCAAGGAAGACUCUUACACAGUGUAAUCUGCGCAUGCUCGAAACCGAAGACUUCAGUGACGUCACCUUCCGGGUGGGGUCACGGGAACAGGUGGUCCGAGCUCACCGCUACGUUCUUGUCAGUCGCAGCUGUGUGUUCCAUGCCAUGUUCUGCGGCCCCCUGGCGGAAAAAGGGGAGGUAACCAUCCCGGAUAUUGAGGCAGACAUUUUCAAGGAAUUCUUAAGGUAUAUGUACACAGACAAGGCUCGAAUCAACGCUGAAACAGUCACCGGACUAAUGUACACAUCCAGGAAAUACUCUCUUGAUGCAUUGUACGAUCUCUGUGUAACUUUCCUGGAGGAGUCCCUGUCAGAAGACAAUGUCUGCCAGAUCCUGGAGCAGUGCCAUGGUUACGGGGAACUGGACUUGGAACAGAAGGCCCUGAAGAUCUUGACUGAAGGAGGGGAGAGAGUCACAAAGUCUCCAGGGUUUGUGGGUCUUUGCUCUGAGUGUCUGGGGAAGCUCCUCAAAUCGGACACGCUGAACAUGAAAGAGGAAGAUGCAUUUGACUCAGUGCUGUCCUGGACAAAGGAAAGAUGCCGGAAGGAAGGUGUGAGUGACACGCCUGAGAACAGACGAAGACUCUUGGGUGAAAUGAGGUAUGAGAUCCGGUUUACCAGCCUACCACAGGAGUAUCUGAGUAAGGUUGUGGGCCCAUCUGGACUACUGACAGCGGAGGAGAGAGUUAGAAUUGUGGACAGAGCAUUUGAUUCUACUGUUGACAUUUCCCCAUUUGUAGGUUUAAAGAGAAAGCAAAUGCGGGAACCUGAUGUUUGUAAAUACGUCCAAAGAUUUGCAUCUGCGUCGGGUUUCGGAUGUGUUAUGUCAGGAAGCCAUGCUCUCUCUUUUUCAGUCAAUCACAGGAUUCAACUGAAAGGUUGUCAGCUGUAUGGUGGAUAUGAUGACAUGAAGAUUCGAGUGAUUAUUUCACUGCAUGACGAAGAUGGCGCAUAUAUAUUUGAACAACUGCAGACCGACGUGCAGCUUCUCGGGGGUGGGCAGAUGACUGACAUCUUGUUCUCUGAGUCGGUACUACUGCAGCCAGGCACAUCAUACAUUAUGUAUGUGGAAAUAGAAGUCUUUUCCAUGCAGUAUGGGGAUUCCUUGGUUCAGUGUGUUCAGAUAGGCUACACUGGGUUAAAUGGAAAGCAGACUGUUACCACUGAUGGGGUUCAGUUCACGUUUUCUGACGCCCAUAAUUACAAUACAGAGACAACAGUUCUGAAAGGAAACAUUCCUGGCUUCAUAUUCAGUAUCCCAGCAUUAAAGUAGCAUGUGGGCUGGCGAUGAAUACAUCUACCAAAUGGGUGACGCUGACCACAACACCCAUCAGAUCUGCAUUUGUACCUCGUGUGGUAGAAACACCUCUAUUAUCUGAUACAUCGAUGACAGCUGUCGUCACACGACAAAAGAACUCUUAUACUUGAAAGCGUUAAUCAGGAAACGUAACUAAAUACAAUAUGCCGAUGAGCAUUCCAAAUUAUAGAUGUACAUACCAAUUCAAUAUCAACGACCAUGUUUAAAAUCAAAAACUGACAUGCAUGGGAAUGUAUGUCGCUUGUAUGGUCUGAGGGAAGUAACUGCGUGUCCAUCAUGUAACUUCAUGUUCUAUAGUCUCAUGUUUCUACGGAAUGAGUGAAACCUGCGUCAUAUCUGUUUGCAAAAUAUCCUAAUUAUAUAAUGUAGCUUGAUUCAUAACACAUCUUCUAGCAG